AUUGAAGCUUCAAUCAUCUACCAACAUAUGCAUAUCAUACUACGAUCUUAAGGGGAGGACAUCCGUUCAAUUGGGAUGACCGGGAUCUAACAUUUCCCUUAUGUAAUGUGAAAGCGAUCUCGUCCGUUGCGAAAUAUGAUACAUGGCCAUUUAACGACAGCGACAUGAUGCGACUCCAGCUCUUUCUACUCCUAAUAGGAGUCUUCGCUUCUUACGUCGCCGCAGCGUCCGCCCCAACAUUCUGCAAAUGCACCUGCUUCAAGAACAGCACGCUCAUCCAACUCGGACCGCAAGGCAACAACCCUAACACCUUCGAGAACGCAAAUCCCAACUCCAAGUCCACCUCCAACCCAUCGGCUCCGCCUCCCUCCGAACAAGCCCUGCUCUCCCGCUCCCCUACCCCUGACCUCAACAGCCUCGAGAAACGCGCCGCCUCGGCCUCCUGUACGCAAUGCACGCGUGGCUUCUGCCUCUCGCAACACCUGCCCAUCUGCAAGGAUGCAGAGGAGAACGACGUGGUGGCGAUGUGUUUCCAGCGCGACAGCCGCAAGGACCAGAUCAUCGUGUGGGGAUUCAUCCUCGGCACCACCGGGCUGUUAGGCUGGGCGGCCACGAGGAGGGUCAUUGAGUUGAGAGAGGGAAAGAAGGGUGCCGCGUUAGGGUUAGGUGGUGGAAGUGGGGGAGCGAGAGGGCGGGAUAGAGGGGUGUAUAUGCCUGUUGGGCGAGAUGGUACAUAAAAUAUAUGACAAUAUGGUCGAGUUUACUCUACAAGCGGAUUCACAUCGAAUAUCGAGGACUUGGCGUUGGAAACGGCGUUCGGGAUGCAAGGGAGAGGCGAUUUACUAUGAUUUUCAUACAUCUUGCCCAUAUUAUAUAUUAAACACCGGUUCUGAUAUCCAAAGUAUGAAACUGAGAGGGACAAGGAGAAAUCAUCCAUGCAUUCGUCUGAAUUUUAAAGUAGCCUAU